GAGGGUGAACGCAGUAAGGCUCACCUCUUUGAUCUUUUCGGUCAUGAUGAUUAGCAAAAGGUACGAUGAAGAUGUUGGUGGUUGUCCAAGCUAGGAAAGAUCGAAUUUGAAGUCCGAAGGCAAUGCGUUGCACGUGCUUAAGAGCGAAUUUCACUCAAGUUAUAUUUUCCCUUGACCAUACUUUGGCGGCCAAGAACGAUUCUAACUGAUGGUGUCCUUAUCUUACCUCUAGGCUCUACGCGAAAAUUUUGGCCUUGGCUCCAAGAAGUGAAAUAUCUUGGCUUGGGCCGCUUCUAGCUUAAGUCGCAGGCGUGGGAACUUGAAACGCUGCACACAAGUAUUAGUGAUUCGGAUGUUUAUUCAUUUUUACCUAUCUUUCAACAUCUCCUUCAAUAUCAGGCAGUGAAUUCUUGACGAAUGGCUGCUUCUGUACCCCAGGAAGAACUUCCUAUUCUUGAGGCAUUGGUCAAUAUACGAAAUCGACUCACAGCUUUGAAGAAAAAUCGCGCAGAAUUCAUCAAGCCCUCGGACGUUAAUUCGUUAUACCAGGCAGUGGUGAAGCAAGUCACGAAGUUGAAUGAUGUGCGAGAUGAAGCUACUUCUCAGGGUAAUCGACUGGAUACUACACUCGCCGAUGUUUUCAGCCUUCUCUCUUUGUUCUACCUCACGAUUGGCAGAACAAAAGACGCGCCGGCAACUUACUCUCAGAUUGCAUCUAUGCGGCAAAUCCUCAAUCAUAUGAACGAAUCUGCGGUCUAUAACGAAGCUGACCUUGCACCGUUCCGAAGACGAAUAUCAGACCUCAGACAGAUUCUCCAACGUGAUGCCAACGAAUCAAAGCAUCCGGAGGCCAUCUUGAAAUUGCUGGAACGUCAACUUAGCAAAUGUGAUAGUAUUGUUCGCUCUCUGGAAGAGUCGUUAUCCGUUAUCUCGGUAGAACUCGUCCCGGUGCACGAAAAGCUUGUUACAAUUAGAAGAAAAUUGGUUGCACUCGCGGCAAAAGAAGGCUCUCACAAGGCUGAUCUCAAACCGCUACAGGAGGAGCUUCGCAAAAUCGAUUCUACACGAGUAGACGGUAAAUUUUUGGGUCCCGGGGGCAUCGUUCCAGCCUCUCAGGCCAUCUGUACAUCGCUCCUUGAGGAAUGUUUCGAAAUAGCUCAAGAAAUCAAAGCAAAUGAGGACUCCAAGAACGUUCCUACUUCUUUGAAACCAAUUUACGAUCGACUUUCUGACUUACGAGCUGAAUUGGAAGGUCUUGUUCUCACCCACCGCUGGUCACUGCGGGAGACAGACCUCUGGAACUAUUCGCUCAGUUUGCAAGAAAUUGACAAAAUGAGAGUUGACGGAAAGUUUCUGGAUUCGGAAGGGAAUCGGCCAGAAGGCCAAUAUGUGCUGCUAUACUUGCUUCGGCGAUGUUAUGGUCUCAUCUAUCGACUAUUGUCUUCUAGCGAGCCUGUGUCGGAAGAAUUGACCCCAAUCGCUAACAAACUCUCUACCGUCAAGAAAUGUCUCAAUGAAGUUCUGAAAUAUGGGGGCCUCUUCAGCCCACGCGAUCUAUAUCCCUAUCAGCUUGCGCUGCACCAAAUCGAAUCGCGGAGGAAAGACGGUAAGUUCAUAGGUGCAGAUGGCUCUAUCCCAGAGGGUCAAGGAACCAUCAUGGCUCAUCUCAACGAAUGUCAUGAGUUGAUUGAAAUGCUGAAAGAAGCUAUGGAUGAAGGGGAAUUCGAUGAAGAUGAGGAUGAUGAAUAUGACUAUGACGACGACGACGAUGAGACGGUGUCCGGAGGUGGACAGCAAGGUUGAUGAGAGCUAUUUCUCUUGUUUCAAGCACAUAUGCUAACCGUAUACUUAAUGCAUAAAUAUUGCUUGACCAUAUU